AUGUACAGACAGUGGGCAGUGGUGAAUAUUUUCAUGAUGUCUUCUCUGCAGUUGAUGCAGAGCUCCAGUUAUGAACAUGGACCAGUGAAGCGGGCAUCCCGGUCAAUGUUAGAACAAUCUGAGCAGCAGAUUAGGGCGGCUUCGGGUUUGGAGGAACUACUGCAGAUCACCCACUUCGAGGACUGGAAGCUGUGGAGAUGCCGACUGAAGCUCAAAAGUCUCACCAGCGCGGACUCUCGCUCAGCAUCCCAUCGGUCCACCAGGUUUGCGGCCACUUUCUAUGACAUUGAGACACUAAAAGUUAUAGAUGAGGAAUGGCAAAGGACACAGUGCAGCCCUCGAGAGACGUGCGUGGAGGUGGCCAGCGAGCUGGGGAGAAGCACUGACACGUUCUUCAAGCCCCCCUGCGUGAACGUGUUCCGGUGUGGCGGCUGCUGCAAUGAAGAGAGCCUCGUCUGUGUCAACACCAGCACCUCGUACGUUUCCAAACAGCUCUUUGAGAUAUCAGUACCUUUGACAUCAGUACCUGAAUUAGUGCCUGUUAAAGUUGCCAACCAUACAGGUUGUAAGUGCUUGCCAACAGCUCCCCGCCAUCCGUACUCAAUUAUUAGAAGAUCCAUCCAGAUCCCAGAAGAAGAUCGCUGUUCCCAUUCCAAGAAACUCUGUCCUAUUGACAUGCUCUGGGACAGCAACAAAUGUAAAUGUGUUUUACAGGAGGAGAAUCCACUCACCGGAAUGGAAGAUCACACUCAUCUCCAGGAGCUGGCUCUCUGCGGUCCACACAUGAAGUUUGAUGAGGAUCGUUGCGAGUGUGUCUGUAAAACGCCAUGUCCCAGAGAUCUCAUCCAGCACCCAGAGAACUGCAGUUGCAUUGAGUGCAGAGAAACUCUGGUGAGCUGCUGCCAGAAGCACAAGAUAUUUCACCCAGACACCUGCAGCUGUGAGGACAGAUGCCCCUUUCACAUGAGAACCUGUGCAAAUGGAAAACCAGCAUGUCCAAAGCAUUGCCGCUUUCCAAAGGAGAAAAGGGCCGCCCAUGGGCUCCACGAUCGAGAAAAUCCUUGA